AAAGCCCACAGGUCUUAGUACGCAGAGGUCCAUUUGCAGCAAGAGGACCAGGAUCCCAUUGCGAGAUAAGAUAAGAUAAUCGCUUGCAUAGCGAGACCGGCGACGAUGCGGCCCGCCCUCCUCCACUGCUAGUCUCCCGUGGGCAGACAAUUCUUUCAAGUACCGCGCGCUCCGGAGGUAACCCACGAUCGUGCAAGAAACAUAAACAUCUCUUUUCGCUAUCCCAUUUACGGAAUACACGGAACCGCUCAGCGCUCAGUACUCGCGAGCUCGACCUCAGACACAUCGGUAUAUAGUACUCCGAGUCUGAGAUUGAACUCGCUCGACGGCUAUACUGAUACCUCGGGGACGGAGCUGACAACUGACACUGAGAAUGACGACCUCCAAGACGACAAUAUUCCUAACAGGGGCUACAGGCUACAUCGGAGGCUCCGUCCUAGCCAGAUUACUUAGGCAUCCAAGCGCAGCGACCUUUGAUAUCACCGUGCAAACGCGCUCGCCAGAGAAGGUCAAAUUAUUUGAGAAGUUUGGGGUGAAGGCAGUGAUCGGAACGAACGACGAUGGCGAUCAGCUAGAGGGGCUCGCGGAGCAAGCACAUAUCGUUUUCUCUUGCGCGGAUGCAGACCACCUACCAGCCAUCCAAGCGAUCCUGCGCGGGUUGCACAAGAGGCAUGCAACAGUCGGCGACUUGCCUACACUCAUCCACACCUCCGGAACCGGCGUUAUCAGCACUCCCGCGAAGGGCAUGUUUGCCUCCGACACGAUCUACUCCGACCUGAACGUCGACCAAAUUCAGUCCAUCCCACCUGAGGCGUUUCACCGCGAGGUCGACCUCGCCGUGGUGGACGCGAACGAGAAGGGCUACGCGCGCACGCACAUCGUGCUCCCCUCAACGAUCUAUGGCUUCGCGGCGCACCAGCUCGUCGAGGCCGGGAUUUCGAAUCCGAUCUCUAUUCAGAUCCCGAGCCUUAUCCGUGCGUCGCUCGAUAGGAAGCAAGCAGGCGUGGUCGGCGCGGGCAAGGCCAUCUGGCCUGACGUCCAUAUCGACGAUGUUGCGGACCUGUACAUCGUGCUGUUCGAUGCGAUCACUGCGAAUCCGGAGGGCUUCGGCCACGGCUGGGAAGGGUUCUACUUCGGAGAGAAUGGCGAGCACACGUGGUACGACAUCAGCAAGGAGAUCGCGCGCGUCCUCGUCGAACUCAGCCUGGGAGGCACCGAUGAACCCACGGCAUUCACCGACGAGGAGCUCGUGAAGUACUGGGGCUCCGUGGAUAUGGGUAACUACAGCGGGACGAACUCGCGCUGCCGGGCGGACCGUGGACGUUCGAUCGAGUGGAAGCCGACGUACACGACGAAAGACAUGAUUACGAGUAUCAAACCGACGGUCCAGUGGCUCGUGGAGAAGGAAAGAAAGUAGAAUGGCGUGGAAUGCCGAGAACUUAAGACGAAGUUACGUUUUGCAACCGAAGUGAGAUUAAUCAUGUAAUAUGAUCAGCUGUUCAAGUUGAUUCCCGGCG